GGCGUGUUUUUAAUGGCGUAUAAAAGCCCAGAAGCACACACUAUCCAGCAAAUAGUCUCGACGAAACCACAACGACUGAGAACCAACCGAACUCAGAAGAAAAUGAAAUUUGCAAUUGUUCUACUGGCGGCCAGCAUUGCCUGCAUCAACGCCCAGGCCCCUGGAGCUGCUGCUGGCAAUCCGCUAGCCGGAAAUCCGUUUGCCGCCGCCAACCCCUAUGCGGCUGCCUUUAAUCCCUUCCUGAACGGAAUAUUCGGCGGUGCCGGCACUGGAGCUGCCGCUGGAGUGGCCGCUCCGGUUGCCCCACCCGCUCCCUUUGGCGGCGCCUCGAUUUCCUCCUUCUUCCAGUCGAUAGUCCUGCAACGCGAGGCCGAACGUCUGCUGGCCCAGCCCGACUUCCCCGUCGAUCUGGCCGAGCGUGUCCAGGAUGUGGUGGCCAGCUCGCAGGAGGCGAUCAGUGGUUGCGCCAACGUCACCCUGCCCUGGCUGCAGAUCCGCUGUGUGAAGCCGCUGCUGACCACCGCCAAGAACCAGCUGAAGGUCAUCGAUGACGAGUGGCAGGCGCGUCUAGCCGCCACCACCGCUGCAGCAGCUCCUGCCUAGGAUGGCAGUCCUGUCUUCCAGCUGCCCUACUUAAUAUCCAAUAUUCUUUAGCUAUAGAUAGCAAUCGACCAACAUAGAUGCAAUAAAAUUUAAAUAAGCUUAA